CCCCGCCUCCCUCCCUCUCUUUGCACUCGGCGCAAGCUCAUCAUUCUCAUUUCAAAGGUGCAAUAAAGAUAUAACUCUUUGAAGUAGUUACAUAAGAGGAUGGGAGCAUCAGAGGUUCUAACUGAUCCAUCAAGCCUAUACGAUGUGGGAAACGGUGAAUAUUCUGACACGUAUACGAUGCUUACCGUGAGAAACGCACUUGCAUCUGUUCAGAAUGGAGAAUCAGACCGUUACGAAGAGCUUGUUCAAUCUAUGCAGAUCAUCAAAGGAGCUGACCAUGCUGUGUGGGCAGAUCUUGUGACUAUCUUGAACGCGUUAUCAGGCUCUGUGGCUUGCAUAGAUAUCAUUCACCAUCGGAAGCUUCUUUCUUCGGUAAGUUUCUAUUACAUCUCCCACCUUUUACCUAAGGUCUCAUCCCUGGCUAUUAUUAUGUUACAGGUUUUUGGAAUGUCACUGUGGGAUCUCAAACCUCAUGUCAUGGAUGCGUUGGUGGGGCUACUCAUAUCGCUGGCUGCUACUAGUGGGAAGUAUCUGGACUCUUGUCUGAAUAUGCUCAUAGGCCACUUUGUUCCACCGCGUUGGGUGAUUGAUAGACUUUCGCAACGCCGUGUAAUCGACCAGAAGACAGACGUUCUUUCUUGGGUUCAUGGAGCCAUUCUGAAGAUCUCUCUUUUGGUUCCUCUUGCUCCCUCGAGAUUGUUGCCCAUGCUCGCUCAGCAAAUGCCCAAAAUAAACAAAAAGGACAAUCUGGUAGUGAUGUAUGUGGAGAAUUUAUUCAAGUUGCAGAGCAGCCCAAUCGGGCAAGUUGGUGGCAGCAUGAUUUUUAUGAUGGUGAUGGAGAGGUUGAGAGAUUUGGAUCUGGAGAUUGAUUGGGAUGAUAUUCUACAAGAUGACUCUAGUAGAGGCAUGUUUGAUAUGGAACUUGAAGACACUAUGAAUGAAGGAGAAGAGAAUACGUCUGGUGGAAAUGUUGUUUUUGAGUCUUUGGACAAAUUGAUGGUCAUAUCGUUUGAUCAUCUUGAAUCAUGUAAUCUUGAUGGUCGUUUGGAUCAGGUGUUUGAAAAGCUCUUUGGGGCAUUUGAGAACUUCAUUCUGAAUACAUACAAAUCUAAAGUUUCGCAGUUUCUGAUGUUCUAUGCAUGUUCACUGGAUCCUGAAAACUGUGGUGUGAAAUUUGCGAGUAAGCUAAUGGACAUUUUUCUCUCCAGCAACAAGCCUCGACCUACUAGGAUGAGUGCGGUUGCCUAUCUAGCUAGCUACUUGGCUCGUGGAAAGUUUUUACCUGUUUCCUUUGUGGCGAGCAUGUUAAAAAGGUUGGUAGAUGAGUGCGCGGAUUACUGUGGAGCUUGCAAUGAUGAUAUUAGGCCUGAAGCACAUCAGAUUUUCUACUCCGGAUGUCAGGCGAUCAUGUAUGUGCUUUGCUUCCGGAUGAGAUCCAUCCUAAACGUUCCUCUCUUUCGGUCCCAGCUUAUACCAUUGGAGUCAGUUUUAAUGCACAGACUAAACCCAUUGAUGGUAUGCCUUCCAUCCGUAGUUGCGGAGUUCCUUAAGCAAGCUAAAGCAGGUGGCAUGUUCGUAGUCUCAGACUCCUUCAUUUUCGAUGACUUACUCGAGUCUGAGCUCUCCCGUGCGUUUGGCGGGCCUGAGAGGCUUGAUACAUUCUUCCCCUUUGACUCUUGCUUGCUGAAAAGCUCUAACAGCUAUAUCUCCCCGAAUUUCAUUUACUGGUCGAUGGUGAGACCGACCUAUGAAGAAGAUGAUGAUGAUGAGGAGGAUGCUGAGAUAAUUGUGAACGGGGAUGAGGAGAGUGAUGAAGAGGAGGAGGAGGGUGAUCUUGAUUACUCCAUGAACAAGAUGUCCAUAACGCCUAAGCACUCUUUCAAGAACAAGAUGGAAAGAGACAGACUACUGAAAAUGCCUUCCAUGAUCAGACAUUCCACUAGUCCAGAAUCCUUGUGAGUUUAUGGAGAGGGUCUCAAUACGCAUUUUUGUAGCAAAUAUCUAAAAGCGAUUUGAAUCGACUCAGAACUUUCUAAUAUAUGAAACCAAUGUUUGUUUGUCCUAAA